AUGUUGCUUUGUUUCUUAUAUUGUGAAAUAGGUCAUCAAUCCAAGGUUAAAGGCCUGCGUGAGCAAGCAGACUUUAAACAAUUCACCAAAAAGACAGUGAAAAAGAGGGCCGGGCAUGCUAAAAACAUAGUAGAAAACGGGCCAUACCGGACUGAGGAUCGUGCGGUCCGGCAACAAGUUUCUCUUUUACCAUACGAGCACUUAUCACAUCGAUUGCAAAAUUAUUCUAUUAUGUUACAAAGUCAACAAAAUCAAAUUGAAACUUUUGAUUCACCAUUUGAUGUAGCAAGAAUAAUACCAGUUGCUGCAGCAGGGACAUCACCAAUUUCUGAUAUCAUUGAACCAAUGGUUCAAUAUCUAUGUCCAACAUGUUCAACAUUCAGACCUAAUAUUCAUAGAAUUCCUAAUAUUGUAUAUGACAAUCCGUAUUUUAAUACAUUUAGACCUGAAUGGACACAAACAGUUGAUAUAUCAGAUGCUUCAUUAGAAGACCAGCAAAAUCAAGCAAAUGGCUCACAAGGUGAAGUGAGAAAUUGGAAUCCGGUAUUUGUAACUACCCCAACAUUGAAUCCAGAAUAUCUAUAUUGUAACCAACAAUCCUUGCAAG